AUGAGCUCUUCUCCUUCAAACUCAGCCUAUACAUCGGUUUCUGAUGUGGUCCGUUUGGAGCUCUUUGCUAUCUAUGUGGUUCUCUUUCCGGCGUUGUCCGGAGGUUCUCCCUUCGGGUCUCUGCGAUCCCUUAAUGCUGUGUGCAGGCUAUGUCGGAUCUGUUUCGGCUUUGAACUAGUCUCGAUCAGAACUCAGAUGAUAUUAAGAUUAGCUAUACCCAUUCAUGGGAUUUGUGAACAAUCUAGCCGUCUUCCGUCUAUGGAGUCUUCAAGCGUUAUGGUUAAAAUUAGUUUUACUAUCUUUGUUAGAGUCUCAUUCUUUGUGGAUGUAUUCUCAAAAGAUUUGGUAUGCUUCUACGAUCCUAUAUAUCGUGGGAAAAGUAUCAUUGCAAGGAGAAUAAUGCGUAAGAGAAGUGGCCAAUCUAAAGAUGACAUCAAUGUUCUCCUCCAAGGCCUUUGUGUUGUCUCUUUUCGGGACCUUACUUCACUUCUGACCAAGUCCAGCGAAGACUCCCUUUCAUCGUUGUAG